AUGUUGAACGUACUUGUCACAGGAGCAGCCCGGGGGCUCGGCCUAGAAUUGGUGAAAAGGUAUUCUCUCCAGUUACCAGACAAUGGUCUCGUGAUUGCCACCUCUCGGAAAUCUAGUCCAGAUCUAGAGGAACUGGUCUGUGAUUGUAAGAGCAAAGUUUUCUUCGUGGAAAUGGACAUCUCCAGCGAGGAAAGUAUACUGCAAUCAGUCGAAACAGUAAAGUCUCUCCUUCCUGACAAGGCUUUGGAUAUCCUCAUCAACAACGCUGGUGUCCAUUCCUGGACAAAUGGUGGCAUCUCAGAAAUAUGUCCUGAUUUGCUAGAUGCUUUGGAAAGUUUACUCACAAUCACUUUCUAUUUAAGCUCAAGUCCAUGGGGCUCCACAACAUCUGCUCGGUCCUUUCUUUACGCUCCCUGUCCUGCUUAUAAAAUAAGCAAGGCCGCGCUCAAUUCAUUGACUGUUCAAUAUGCUCUUUUCUACGAAGCGGAUGGAUUUAUCUUUCUUUGUGUGAACCCGGGAGUGAGUACUACUCUUUCGUACUGGGAACGGAAAUAUAUACUGAUUAUUUCUCAGUGGCUGCGGACGGAGAUGGGAGGCAGCGAUGGUGAUCUUUCUGCAGAGGAAGGUGCAAAUGCAGUCACUGGUAUCAUCUCCAGUGCUAGCCAGGGCUCCAAUGGACGAUUUAAGACCAUAUGCCUCCCGGGCUACGAGCAGUACGAUGGAAAAGAUGUUCUGUGGUAA